CCGGUCCGCGGCUCCCCGUCUUCCGGUCCUGUCAGUGCGGGAUGAAAUAACUUCCUUCACUUUUCGGUGACAAAUAUGCUUCGAAAUGGCAGCGGACAUGGAGAUGUUUUAUGGCCUGUGCUGUUUUGGAGUCAUUGUCGCUGUCGUCUUGGUUCUCAUGUGGUUUGGGUUUGAUCCACCCAGGAUCCUCGGGAAUCCAGAUGACACAGAGUUGGUCGUCCCGAUCCCUGAGAAGCAGAUGGUUCGGGUGGAAAACCCCUUCUUCCUGGAGCUGGGCUCACGGCCCGCCAGUGUCCCCGGUGGCGUGUCCAUCAGGCCGUCCUGUCUGGAGCCCAGCGUUCUCACCUGCUUCUGGGGCUGCGAGGUCGGCGCCCUGCAGGAGGCGCUCCUGGCUCACCAGCACGGCGCCACGCUCCGCAGCGCCCGCCUCUUCCAGGACGCUCUGCGCCUCCGCUGCAGCUACUGCCAGACGUUCCACGUGGGCAGCGAGGACCGAGAGGAGCUCCACACCCAGAUCCCUGCGGACCGCGGCGUCCGGGACUUCGGCCCGCCGCCCAGAGGGCGUUACCCGCUGGUUGCCGUGCUGACGUUCGGAGACUCGGAGGACGGGGGCUCGUACAACAUCGUGGCGAGCGUGACGGUCGUUCACGUCCCGGACGACAAGCACAACAUUCCGGCGCGGAUCCUCUUCGAGUACCUGCUGACCUCUCAGGGCAACGUGCACAAGCUGAUGUCGAUCUUCAUGGCGGCCGACGGCAGCGAGGCGUCCGAACCGCCAGACCCGCAGCCGGGCUCACGGCCCGGAGGACAGAUGGAAGGCGGCGGUGGCAGGGUAGAUGAAGCCGUCGGGGACUGCGUGGUGUGUCGCGGCGCUCCGGUCAACAGGGUGCUGCUGCCGUGCCGCCACGCCUGCGUGUGCGACGGCUGCAUGCUGCACUUCCAGCACUGCCCCGUCUGCAGGGCCUUCGUCCUGGAGUCCUUCGCUCUGACCCGGCCUGGCGCCGCCGCCCGCUGAAAGCUCUUCACAAGUCUCCGUCGUGUCCAACAUACGGCCCGCGGCCCAAAACAGACGGUCCAUGGAAAUGCAAAGAGGAAGUCAGCAGAGUUGACCUUUGGCUAAGCCCCGCCCCCCUCAGCGACUGCUGCUAACUCGGACAAGCCGUCGCAGCAUGACGCGUUUUCAUGGAGGAUGAAGCAGAGGCUGAGCUGACAGCUAGCUGCGUAGCAUUAGCAUCGGCUCAGGGAGCAGCGUGGAAAUGACUCCAUGUCGGGAUAACACCUCAGUUUAAUGCUGUGAAGCGUCUCACUGGUCCAGAUCUGAGCCUCUGGGUCUCCGGCUGCCUGUCCGUCCGUCUGACCUGGACUCUCUUCAGUAACGAGGCUGGGAAUUCUCCAGUUAACAACGUAAUUUAUUUAUUUCCAUGUUAUUGUUUCAACUGUCAGACAUUCCAUGUUUAGUUGUUUAAUGGAGCUGAAGACUGGCUGCGGUGAAGAGAAACUCCCGAGGCCUCGUUUAUCUUCAGUGUGGAUUUAAGUGUAUCACAGACAUCACUGAGCCAUCAGUACUGAUGGAUCCCACUGGUUCUUAUGGGUUCUAACCGAUAAAAUUACAAAUUGACUAUCAAUGAAUGAAUGUCUGCAGCAGAAGGAAAAAUAAAGAACAAAACAG